GCCCAGCGAUUUCCUCCUCUCACCUGUCUACUGUAAUGCCUGUCUUACCUAACCACAAGUGCUAACCAAGUUAUAGCUUCAGGCCCCCCAGCGCGCACAAGCCUUGCAUGAGCAUUCCGGCUCCACGACUCACUAAGGUUAAGUUGCUGCAAGUCAGUCCUCAAUCAUAUCGCGUUACCGGUGAUUUAAUUGAACUACCUGACGGCGUGGCGUCGUCCUGUUUGGGUACUUCAAACGAGCUUCAAACUUGGGACCACCGAGUAUAUCUUCCUCAUCGUGAAGCCUUUGCCCGGUCUAGCUGCCACUUUCCUGGCAUACCCGAUUGCCCAACAAUUGCUGGAAUGCCUCAAGAAUGUCGGUCCUUUCGUUGCCAGCACCACACGAUCCUCCUCAAGCUGACUCCGUCGUGAGAAAGAGGAAAUGGCACGCCAAGGUGUUGACGGGGUGCAUGAAGUGCAAAGAUAGACACGUCAAGUGCGAUGAGACAAAACCGGGGUGCCUACGGUGUGCGAAAGCCUCCAUCAAAUGUCCUGGCUACAACACCCCAGUGGCACGCAUCUUUGAAAUUCCGGCGCGUCCUCGAUUUGAUUGCGACAUCGACAAAGCCAACUAUGAGUACCUGGUGAAUAUCGGCUCCAAGGUACUUGCCGGGUUUCAGCUUUCUGCCACAUCUUUCUGGACGAAGCUCGCUCCUCAACUCGGUGAAGCCGAUUCUGCUGUCCGGCACGGUCUGCUUGCUUUGGGGGCCAUCCAAGCGCCGUUGCAUCGGACGACCGUUAAAGACCUUGACCCGAAUGAGAGACCAGAAUUGGUCCCUCGGGCCAUGAAGCACGUGAGCAAAGCAAUGCAUCUGCUCAGAACCGCCAACCCGGAUGAUGUGUCUACGGAAGUCGCAUUGACUUGCUGCAUCUUGUUCCUGGCCGUGGAAAUUUGGACGACAAAGAAAUCAUACUCACGCGUGCACAUUCUAGCGGCACAUCGAAUAUUGCAAGACCAUAGCCAGAAGAUCUGCGCGGCUUCGAGGGACGACUUUUCAAAGAUGGUGGAUGAGCUUGUCAUUCAAGCCGCUACCUUUGCGGAUGAGUUUCCUCCCCCAAGCUCUGGCAUCCCGCCAGACUACCAACUUGACCAUGGUUCGGAGAGAUCAGGGAGCAUCUUUGAUUGGAGAAGCGCUCUGGAUGCCAUGAAUUGGCUCAUAAGAUCGGUCCUUCGAACAACAUCGGAUCCAACAUCGUAUGACUUGAUGAAAACCAAGCUUUCCAAAGCCCUUCGCAGCUUCUCCAAGAAGAUUGAUGUGCUACAAGUGUCCGCCCGUCCAUCUUGUGAAGGUGUGGACAAGAUGGAUGAAUACUGGAAUCUCCGUAUGCACCAUCGAGUCACAUACACCAUGCUUAACACUUUGGCGCAGGAGGAUGAGACGGUCUACGACGCGUUCACGUCGGAUUUUCAUUUCAUCUUGGCCCAGUGUGAAAGUAUCAUUGAGAGACGGGCAUCAUUGCAGGCUGAUAACAUACCCAACAUUCGAGGUCCGACCCUCGGUCUUCUGCCUCCUUUGUUUUUUGUGGCCACCAAGUGUCGAGACAGUGCGAUUCGACACCGAGCACUCAAGGUCAUGCACGGCACGUUGGUGAAUGAACGGGAAUGGACGAGCUGCAUGGCCACGGCGAUGGCAAGGUUCAUCAUUGAUCAGGAAGAGCAGCUCCUCAACUGCAUCUUUCCGGGGGACCUGGCAGAACAAGUCAAAGCACGAGUCCGAUUACUCGACGCCGAUUUCACGAGCAGUACGGAUCAAAUGACACUCGAUUACGCCAUCUGUGUCGAAGGACAGCCUGAUAGCCUCCAUCAAGCCUGCCUGCCCUACAAGCCUCUCCCGUCGAUGCAGAUUGAUGGCGUCAACACCGCCAUCUCGCGGAAGGAAUUGCGAGCUUGCGGAUACAGUGGGAUCAUAUUGUGGACGCCCCGUAUCGAAUGUCACUGCGUUUCGGAGCCGACGUGGCAGUGCCAUACCACGCCGGGACGUGACAACAUGAUAUCGAUGGAACUGUCGGCGAGCACGGGUGGCUCCAGCUCGUUGACAAGCUGGACUCCUGACUCUUCACUCGCUUCGAUAUGUGAGUCGUAACGGACGGUAGAACCUUACUGAAACGCAAGCGACCGGCCGCCGACCGGCUGUUGGCAUUUUGCUCGAAGCGUAUAGCAGCAGAGCCUUUACAACAACUAACAGGCGUACGAGCGAGGAGCCGCUCGAAGGAGGGCAAAUCAAGUUCAGGCAGCGAGCAAAGUCCAUCCACUAUUCCCAUAGAAUGAUCGACCCGGCAUGAAGAGCGACAUUGGGGGCCGUUUUGUCGAGGAAGACAGCGUGUGCGGUGUAGAUCGGGCUUUGGUGUUUCUCGGUGUUUUCAGGGUUGAGAUGGGGUGACUUUUCCACAUCUGUACUUUUGGUCGUGAAGGCGAUUCGAGUUCGGGCGGGAACUCUCUCAGUUUGGCGGAACCUGGAGUCUAUGAGACGGCGUUGCGACUUACAUCACCGAAUCACGGGAUUAUGGCUCGAUGGGUACGGUGUUUGCUACUUUACCAAAGUACGUAGGUAGUCAGAGGUAUGAAGUACGGGGGUAUGGAUGGGUAAGGGUAGGUGGAAGCCCAUUCAAUUGCGGAUGAUCGUCAAGAGACGGGCUGGAAGCCCACGAAGCCUUGAUGAUGCUAAUGAGUACUCUGAGCACAUGAAGCGUGUCGUGUGUAUUGCGCC